CUGGAACUUAUUACACAAUAUUAAAACAUACUCCGUAUGUCGAGAUUACAUCUCACACUCUGAAUUGACCCAGCUGCAUACAAUCUUACUACAGGCCUAUUUAUCCUAAAGGCGGCAUCCUUAGCAUAACGUCCGUGGGUCACGUCGGCCGAAUCCCAUGUUCAACCUCGGCAGCAUCUUCUAGCUAGUGGAGAACAUCAUUUACCUUCUUCACCCAGCCCAUGCUCAUGCUAUUUUGACGCCUCAACCAUCACUCUGGGCAUUACCUCUAUUGCACCAUACAUAUGAGAUUGCGUCAAUCAUUUAAACCUUGAAAGCCAGCCCUCAUUUGGGCGCAGAGGUUACUCAGUCUUCCUCGAGGCAUCAAAACAAACCCGAUCCUAUAGCCUAAUCAUGGCAGAGUCUGUUCAGCAAAUUAUCUCUUUAUCAUCCCAUCUGCAUUCUCCCAAUCUCUUAUCUGAAACCGACUAUGUAAACCGGGUCCAGGAAUUGGUCGCUAUUCUUAGGCGAUCAAGUCAGAGCCUUCUCAGCGAGACUGUCUUGACUGACCUGAGUCCCCACGAGCACACUUUACCCUACUUAUUCGUGUUGCUCCAUCAGAUUGACUUGGCACGCAGCAGAACAAGAAGUGCUUUGCCAGACGACAUAAAGCCCGGUGGCCGACUAUGGUCUCCAGCUGUACAGUUUUUGAGAGAGUUCAAAGGACCUCAAGUUCAUUUUGCGGGCCAUGAAUGGCGUCAACUUGUGAAUAUGAUUCUAGAUGCCGCAGAAGAUGACUCGAAGCCAGUAUUAGCAGUCUGCGUGCUGAGUGGCGCAAUAAUGCGAAUUGAUCAAAACGUGUGUGAAUUCACCUCGUUGCACCCAAGGUUCCUCCGACUGUGCCUGCUAUCGCAGUCUUACAGCUAUGCAUUGCCUGUACUUGAUAAACACAUAUCCAGUAGUCAUACAAGCUUGGAGCAGCCUGCCCGGGGUGACAACAGAUACAUGCUAGCCUUAAACCACGAUGCCAACGAUUUUAUUGCAGAAGCACCCGACAUCUCUGCCAGACUGACACACAAGGAUAUUGCGCAGUAUUAUCUCUACGGUGCCAUGAUAUACAUGACACUUAAAGAGUGGGAUAAGGCCUUGCACUGGUUGAGUAUUGUGAUCUCUUUCCCUGUUGUCAAUUCAGUGAGCAAAGUCAUGAUUGAAGCAUUCAAAAAGUGGGUGCUUGUGGGUUUACUGAGACACGGCAAGCUGGUUACUGCUCCAAAGAUAAUAUCCUCGCAUGUUAUGAAGAUAUACCAAGCCGUCGCAAGACCCUAUCUUUCCCUCGCAGAUGCUUUUGAAAAGUCGGACGAGCAGAGAUUGCGCACGGAGGCGGAUUUGGGAAAAUCAGUUUGGUGUGCUGAUCUCAAUUCUGGCCUUGUUCGCCAGCUUUUCCAGGCCUAUGACAUGUUUCUUGUACUCAAACUUUGCAGGGUUUUCUCCGCUCUGACAACAAGAGACAUCGCAGCAAAAGCGGCGUCUUCAGGCUUGGUUUCAUCAGCGAAGAUCGAGAGUUUGAUUGCGUUUCUUGUAAUGUCUGGAGUGCUAGGGGCACGACUCUUGCAAAGGCCUUGCGAUCUAUCUCUCAGCAUGUUGCGUUUCCCUAAGUCCAUACAGCCUUAUUGCAGUCGAAGCAGGAUGAGGGUUGGGCUAAUGAGGAAAAGCCAUGCACUCGAGCUCUUGAGCCACAACUGCGGGGAAUGUAACAAUGAGUUAAAGAUAGGCCGUGAGAACAUCGAUGUCCUUGUAAGAUGCCAGGGGUGGUCUGGUGUUACAGGAAAGGGAGGCGGCAAGGGCAGUAUCGAUCAUGCUGCUUUCGGGGUUGAUGAAGACAUAAUGGGAGAUCUUAGCUAGAUGUUCGUCAUCCUUAAGUAUUAAUUUCAAGUAUCUAUAUUCUAACAUAUAUUUUGUCAGGG